GGGGAACGAAGGGAUGCAUAUCCCUCUAACAUUACGCCUGCAAACGCUACGUGGGCAGUGGGCGGCUAUCGCUUCCUCGUUUGCUCUAUCCCGUCCCUUCUAACCUCUUACCCUUAUACCCUCCUUGUGAUAUCUCUCAGUCGUCCCUUUGUCCCUUACCCCCUCACGGACAUCCCCUAUCCCUGUGAGGACGCUGUCCCUGUCCUAUGAUCCUCAGGACGGCCACCUUACGCGCACGCUGUCUAUAUCUGGGUCAUACCGGCGUCGAACGAAAGUGACGCCCCAUGCGCCCGGCGUCGGGUAUAAAGCCACGCGCCGCCGAUGGAACGUCAGUCUUUCGCUCCACAAGCAGUCGGACGUAGCCAAGAUGAACGCGCUGGCGCUGUUGCUUCUGGUCGGAGUGGCCUCGGCCCUGCCCAAGCCCGAUGCUGAUCCCCAGUACGGUGCUCCUCCCAUCGCGCCCUCGUACGACGCGCCGGCCCCCGCCCCGUCCACCGGCUACGGCACGCCCGCCUGCGAGCCGGAGACCCACUACAUCACCGUGACCUCGACCAAGAUCGGCUACGAGACCCAGUACAACACGUACACGGCUCUGCAGCCGACCACGCUGUACCAGCAGGUCACUGAGACCCUGUACUACCCGAGCACUCAGUACCAGACCCAGUACGUCACCAGCUACGUGGCCCCUGAGGUCAAGGUGAGCACCAAGGUGCUGUACGACACCCAGUACGUCACCGAGCACCAGUACUUCACCGAGACCUCGUACGUCACAAAGACGGAGAAGGCCUACUACACGGAGACGGAGGUGGUGAGCAAGUACUACACGGAGACGGCCCAGGUGCCGUACUACGUCACCAAGACGGCCUACGAGACCCAGGCCUACCCCGAGUACCAGUACGUCACCGAGACCAAGGUCGACUACCAGUACGUGACUGAGACCCAGAACGUGCCCCACUACGUGACCCAGACGGUGACCUCGGCCUACCCCGAGUACAAGUACGUCACGCAGACCGAGACGCAGAACCAGUACGUCACCGUCACCAAGACCCAGAACCAGAACCAGUACGUCACCGUUUGCCCCAAGCCCACCUACCCCAGCUACGGCAAAUAGACUCCGCGAGCUCCACACCACACGGCUUUCAGUUCCCUUGUUACGCCACGCCCGCGGGUCUGUGACCUGACCUGACCUAUCCGAGGUCAGCGUCCGGCCACCAAUCAGCUGCUCUUUAUCUGUUAUACAAUUAUUUAUCGGUGUGUACAUAUGUGCGUAGCUUAGUUUGGAGUCACGGGUCCGGCUGGUCCGCCCCGCUCGCCACUCUGGUCAACAUUGCAGUGUCAUCGUGUGGGAAUUCGCGCCCUUGCCUAGUGUUGAUGAUGAUUAUGAUGAUGGUGAUGACGUUGAUGUGCGCUCAUCUUGUUGUGAUGUGACUUGGUGAUGUUCACGAUGUGAUCCGACCAUUGCGGUACGGCAUUUUGUAAUAAAACACAUGCAAACGAG